GGUACAGCAGAGGUAGGGGUGGAUCCUCUGCUCAGAAUCUUCAAGUCAAUCCCCAGGGGGCUGUGAUGUGUAAGGUCACCAUGGCAAUGGAGUGGGGGCAGGGCACCGAGGGCAUGGAGCAGGAGGACUAUGGAAGCCACCAAGAAGGUGGGGGGCCCUGAUCCAUCGGGUCCCCAGGACCACCCCUCAGCCAGCAGCCAGCGCUGGGGAGUGGCCUCGGAGGGUCUCAGGGACCAUGGAUAAGCUCAGAAUCCCUAUACUUCAAGCAGGGGUUGUCAUUGUCUACCAAGACCAUCACUGAUGGCGCCUGUGGCCCAGCCUCCCAGGCCCGCAUCCCUGGGCCCAUUUACCAGCUACUCCAGGAUCCUGCUUCGGUUAGCUCCCAGUGCUGCUGUGAGCAGGCCUCCCAGGAUGCCCCGAGACUCUCCUCCACUAGCAUAUCUUCAAGCCCCAUUGUGGGAGCCCAACAACAUCUCAUCAUGGAGGAUGUGACCCUGACCUUACCAGAGUGCACACGCAGUGACAGCACCAGUGACAUAGCCCAGUGUGGACCCUGCCGCCUUUGGCUUCAGCUUGGGCUACGACUCCAGCUCUGGAUGUUACCCCAACCCCCACUGCAGUUGAAACUGACACCCAUACCAUUGAUCACCCGACUGACACCACUGCAGUCACCAAGGGCCCAUCUCAAGACCUCCUUCUCAGGAAGUGUGGCAAUCAGUGGUCAACUGUCUUGGAGUCUUCCAAAAUAGUCACAUCUUGCCAGGACAAAGUGAAUCUCCACUCUAAAGAGGAGCCUCCCAUCCCAAUGCCUACUCUAGAAGAGCGCCCAGACCAUGCCCAGGAGGACGAGGUUACCAGAAGGAAGGUGCCAACUGAGGAGGCUGAGAACCCUGUGAAGAAACUUCCAGUCUCUACCUCCAGGCCAAGCAGCCCAGAGCCCCCAGUUAUCUCCAAGUCCCAGAGGAGUAGCCAGGAGAUCUGUAGCUCUCAGCCACAAAAGAGCUCCCCAAUGUCUGUGACAAUAGCAGCUCUAAUGUGCCACUGUCUGCCUACCAAGUAACCUGCCACAAGCAGUCCCCAUUCCAGUCUCCCAAGGAAGCCAUGCAGAUCCCCCUCUCCAGUGCCCCAACCUGCCAGCUUCGGGAAGCUGUGGAAAACCGUGUGCUGGUGUUUGAUAUGGCCACAGGCAGCACCAGGAUGGGGCUGCUGUGCCAUGACCCUGUGGGCUCAUGGGCAGUGCUUGUGGGCCUCAUGCCCAGCCACCCAUCCAUCUAUGUCCCUGAAAAUAUGCUGUCCACCCAGCUGUUGGCCAAACCCAUCCUGUCUCCUGACAGCAAUCACUCCAGCUUUUGGUCUAUCACACCCAUGCUGUCCAGCCCAGUGCCCUGCAGCCUCUCAUCUGGCAGCUACCGAGAGGUAGCCCUGAAUCCCAAGGAGGCCAGGCUCAAUCUGGAGUCAUGGGACUCCCCUGGUACUGAGACACUCAUCAGGGUUGGGAUGCUCACUGGGCCUGUUCCACUGGGGAUGCCCCUCCAAUUUGAUGAGAGGAUACUGACCCAUGUCCCUAAUACUAGCUGGUCCAAGGCUGAUGGUGAAAAAAAUGAACCUAGUCAUACCAUCUGGAUGCUAGACCCUUCCAUGGCACCCUCUAGGAUGCCAGAUGCCUCCAUAGUCCAGACCAAGAAACUGCAGUGGAUGAAAUCAGAGCCUGCUGUACCUGCCAAUACCCAGGAAAUGCCCAGAUCCCUCCUCCAGGAAGACAUAGGCAGCCACGAAGAGGACAUUCCUGCUCACCCUGAUAACUCUCAGGCCAGAGAUGCUGGACAGGCUCUCCUCACUGGGCAGAUCCUCCUUGCUGGACAGCCACCCCUACCUGAGCACCCCCUUACUGAUCAAUCCCCUCUCACUGGGCAGACACCCCUUGCUAGGAAUCCGUCUUUAUCUAAAGAACCCCCCAUCACCAAAGAGCCCACUUUCAAGAUGGUCCCCCAACCCUGGAGAACCUGGCCAGGUCUCCACCCAGGAAGAUGAGCCCUUAGGCCUGCCUACUCAUGUAGGGGUAUUUCAGGUGCCCCUGACCCCUGAGGAGACCUGUAUCUAUAUGAGUAGAGACAAGGUUGGCAUCAGUAAUACUCAGCACUCCAUCAUGCAUCAGCAGCAACCUGGCAACUCCCCUAGGACCCAGGAGGAGCAGCUUCCCUUGAUCACAUUUACCACACCUGGCACUGGACGCAAGGUCUUGCCCAUGGCCAUGGUGGCCACUGAGCCCCAGAGUGCCCCAUUGAAGCUGACAGCUGAGGAUCUUACACACUUAUCAGUGGUUGCACACCUUGGACUGCCCUGCAGGGCCUGCUAUGAACUGGUGUCCACCACGGAUGCUCUGCCAGUUCGGUCGCCAGUGCUCUGCUGCCACUCACUGGGACCCUUCCAGGACAUGGCGGCCGUGGUGAUUGAUACAGGCACAGGAUUCACCAAAUGUGGACUGGGCUGGAGAGGACCAUGUCCUCAGUGUCAUACCCUCACGAGUUCAGCUGCUGCAGCACCCAGCCCAGGGCCAGCCACGGUAUGCAGUGCCUGAAAACCAAGAGGGAUCCUAUUCAGUGCUGAACCGAGGUGUGGUCUAUGACUGGGAUGCACUAGAGGUGCUAUGGCAGCACCUGUUCUAUUGCAGGCUGGGUGUGCAGCCCGAGAAGUUGGCUGUGCUCGUAGCCGACUCACCCAUCUUACCACACACCAACCGAGAAAAGGUGGCUGAAAUACUCUUUGAGCAUUUCCAUGUCCCAGCCAUGCAGACAGUGCAUCAGGCCCUGCUGGCGCUCUAUGCUUAUGGACGUACCACUGGGCUGGUGCUGGGCAGUGGCCAUGGCACUUCCUAGGUGGCACCCAUCCUCACUGGGGAUCUGGCCCCACUUGACACCUACUGGCUGGAUGUGGCUGGUGCUGACCUUACUGACUACUUGGCCCAGCUGCUGCAGAGAAGUGGCCACUCACUGCCCCAGGCAGGACUGAUCAACCAGAUGAAAGAGGCCUGCUGCUACGUGGCCAUGGAUGUGGCAGCUGAGAUGGCCCAAACCCAGGCGCAGGCCCAGGUGGACUUUGUGCUUCCAGACAAGCAGGUUAUCACGCUGGGGCCUGAGCGCUUCUGCUGCCCCGAGGCCCUCUUCCAACCCAAUCUGAUAGGUCUCAACCAGCCGGGCCUUCCACAGCUGGCCCUCCUAAGCAUCAGCCGGUUGGAGGCCAUGCAGCAGGAGCAGCUACUGGCCAAUGUGGUACUGGACGGUGGCAGCACACUCGUGAGUGGCUUCCCCGAACACCUGAGAGAGGAGCUGGGCCCUGGUGCCGCUGUGCUGGGGUCUCCCCACCGUGCAGUUGCUGCCUGGCUUGGGGGCCCCAUCAUGGCAUCCCGGAGUUCUUUCCAGAGCCUGUGGCUCAGCUGCUGGGAGUAUGAGGAAGAGGGCCCAUGGGCUAUCUAUAAGUACCAGCUGUGAGCACAUAAAAGUUCUGGUUCUGCUUUCUUUAAGCACUGUGGCAUGUUUCAGCCACAGGGUGGUGUGGGAAAAGCAGGAGUCCAGGCAUGGGGUCAUGGAUGGGGUCCCUGGCUCUCCCAAGGCAUGCCCUGCCUCUGCACUCUGGAACUCCAUGGGCCCUGGCAACCUACCCUUUCUAGACAGCCCCGGUGCCCCUUGACUGGCAUUGGCUCUGAUCUGGCCUGACCUUUACUGCACCCCAAGGGCAACCACAGAGAGUGGCUGCUGUGGGUUUUGCCCCGUUGCCCUGACGACGAGUGCAAUUACCCUUGAUUGCCAGCUUGUUGCCAUGGCAAUUUCAAACAUAAUGUAAUAACCCACACAGCCUGGAAUGAGUCACAAGGUGGGGGGCGGGGGGCAGCCCCCUCCCCUGGCUCCAGAGGAAAAGACUGCUUGCCCUUCCCCAUUGUGGGCCCUCUUCUGGGGGCUGAAGCCAAGCAACUUGCACAACAG